GAGAGCAAAAAAAAAAUAAAAAUAAAAAAAUAAUAAUAAUAGUAAAAGAGCAAGCAAUCGAUGUCGUCCUCAGCCGCCGCGCUCCGCCUAUCCUCGCCGCUCCCCUUGGCCUCGUCCUGCGGGCGUCGGCGGCGGAGGGGCCGCGCGGCCGCAUUUUCAAUACGGUGCGGGAUUGGGGACUUGAUCGGGGGCGACCUGGUCCGGCCGGACCUGGGGCGGUGGCUCGACGACGUGGAGAAGCACAAGGCGCUGGCGGUGUACUCGCCGCACGAGGGCGGGUACGAGGGCCGGUACCUCAACCGCCUCCGCUACAAGGGCUACCGCUUUCUCGACCUCACCGCCCGCGGCCUCGGCGACCCCGAGUCCACCCUCACCAAGAUCCACCCCGUCUGCCCUCCUCACCUUGGAAGACAGCCCAUAGCAAGAUGGUAUUUCCCUCCUGAGGUGGAUUACAGGCUUUCUUUGUUGCAUCCAGAUGCCAUAGGCCUUGUUGUAUGGAUUAUUGAAGCAAAGGUUCUAUCAAAGGCCGAACUGCAGUUCCUUGCGCUGCUUCCGAGCCUUCGACCUAAAGUUAGAGUUAUUGCAGAAUGCGGCAACUGGAGAAAAUUUGUGUGGAAGCCACUGAAAGAAAUAGCAGGUCUUUCACCAGGGGGAGAACUAGAAACCAGUGGUUCACAACAAUGACUAUGGGAAGCUAAUUUUGCAAAAUUUAGAUCUUGAUUUGUGUUCAUGUUCUUUUUUAUCUGCUUCAAGCAGCUGCAAUAUAUUUCAUGCACAGUUUUAACUAAUUUGAAGUGCAAAAUCGCUGGACGCGUUGUUUAAGAUGAUACAGGCAUGCAUAAUUAAUUAUAGGAUCAGAGAAAACACAGUAAAUUAGAAA